AUGUCGAAGCUGUUCAGACUAGUAAAGCCUGGCGAAAUGGCUGAAGUAAAGCGGCCGCCAUUGGACUGGACCCUCUGCAUUCUCUGUCAAGAGAAAUCGUCUGAAUAUCUUACCCAGCCUUGGAAGGGUAGAGGGCGAGGGAAUCAUGAAGCUAAAGGGACAAGUUAUCAGUCAUUCGCAACAAAUCUGUUAAAAUUUAAAGAACUAGGCAAAGUUCCUUUGAAUGUUGUUCCUGAACAAUUAGACGAUGGGUCUGGCAUUGAAGAGACAUUACAAACGAACAAAGCAAUGUGGCAUAAGACUUGCCGGAAUAUGUUCAGUGACAUGAGAUUGGAUCGGCAAAUAGAAAAGCGUGAACUAGAACCAGACAACGGUAUCAGCUGCAGCAGCAGAGUUAAAGUGAGACGGACUAGUGUUCAAGACUACCAUUCCACUGGACAGAAACAAGCUCUUUGCUUUUUCUGUGAUAAAGAAGCUGGAACUGCAGGACUGCAUGAUGUUACAACAACUGGGAUAGACCAGACGGUUCGAAAGUAUGCCACAGAGCUUCAAGAUACAAGACUCCUGGCUAAAUUGGCCCCAGGUGAUAUGAUAGCACUGGAUGCAAAGUAUCACAAGACUUGCCUGUCGGAUCUAUACAACAGGUAUAAACGGGUGAGAAACACAAGACUUCAAGGCUCUUCUGACAGUCACGACUCGUCCCAUAAAAGUAUCGCACUUGCGGAGCUGAUCUCUUACAUUGAUGAAAGGAGGAUGGUUGGGCCUAGUGUUCCUGUCUUCCGUCUUGUCGACCUUGUCUCUGUGUACACAGAGCGCCUGGUGGAACUGAGUCCGGACAAUACAGAGAUAAAGGUCAAUUCAACCCGUCUGAAAGAGCGGCUCCUAUUGCAUUGUCCAUAUCUGAAAGCUGUGAGGCAAGGAAGAGAUGUUCUCCUGACAUACGACACUGCGAUCGGAGAUGCCAUCCAAAUGACAUGCUUUGAUGAUGAUGAUUCUGAAGCGCUACAACUGGCAAAUGCAGCUUUAAUUAUCAGGAAGCAACUUUUCUCCCAAGGCAGAAAAUUCAAUGGAUCCUUGAUAAAUGAUUCAGCUGAAAACACAGUUCCUAGCAGACUGCUAGCACUGGUCAAUAUGAUCCUUGAUGGUCCGAGUAUCAAGUCGCAGACGCGAAAAGAUGGUUCGUCGACACGAGCAGCUCGAACCAUUAGUGAACUCAUAAUAUUCAAUAGCAUACAGGGCAAUCGUGUGAAGAAAGAUGCAGUUCGACAUAACGCUGACAGAGAGGUCCCUGUACCGACUUACAUAGGCCUGAAAGUUCAUGCGCAGACACGAAAUCGUGAAUUGAUUGACAGCCUCCACAAGCAUGGAUUGGCAAUAUCAUAUGAUCGGGUUCUCAAAAUAUCAUCAUCUAUCGCAAAUGGCAUCAUCAAUCGCUUUGAGGAGAAUGGAGUAGUCUGCCCGCCUCAGUUGAAGAAAGAUCUUUUCACGACAGGACAGGUUGACAACAUUGAUCAUAAUCCCAGCGCAACGACAGCAGUUGGCUCUUUUCAUGGAACUGCCCAUUCCUUGUGUCAGCACCCCACUGAGAACAAUCAAGGAACAGAUGCUGACCCGAUAGGUCUCGUUGACAUGGAGACAGGCAAGCGAAUCCAUCCUCUUCCUCUGGCAUACACAAACAUCUUGCCUGCACCAUCAAUGCCGAAGGAAUACAAAGCACCAGUGACGUACGGACCAAUGCGACCAGAUAGGGACAAGUUUGAUGAAGACCGCAUUAAUGAGAAAAAAUGGCUUGAGAAGCAGUUAUCUUUGAUGGAAGAAGGAGACCUUUCGGUUGGUGAUUUUGUGUCAUGGGCUGCAUACCAUGCAAAUAUGCAGAUGCAACAUACAUGUAAGCUGCCGACUACAAUUGCACUGAUGCCAUUAUUUCGUGAAGUAUCACACUCAUUUGCAACAAUAAUGCAUUGCAUGUAUACCAACCAACAAGCAACACACUUGUUAAACCCAGGACAAACACCAGUAUUGACGAUGGACCAACCUUUGUAUGCCCUUGGGAAACAGAUCCAGUGGCGAUUCCCAGAGCGCUAUGGUGAAGACAAGUAUGUGAUGAUGUUAGGCCCUCUUCAUAUCGAAAUGGCUGUCUUGAAAAUGCUUGGUGAUUUGCUGGAUAUGACUGGUUGGAGUAAUGCUAUCGCCCAAGCAGGAGUUGCUACACAAGGGACAGUGGAUAGUUUCAUUCAUGCAUCACAUGUAGCACGGACAAGGAGAGCCCAUCAAAUUACUGCUUCUUCACUGUACAUUCUCCAAAGGCAAUCUUUCAGGAAGGAAAAAGAAUCAGCCAUCCAUCAGUAUCCUGUUGCCGAGGAGAGCUUCACAGAAUGGUGUGAGCAGCGAAGCAAGUUCUACCCUAUGUUUCGAUUUUGGAGCACAGUGCUUGAUCUAGAACUGACUUUGUUGGCAUUUGUGCGAUCGAUUCGGACAUCAAAUUUUGAGUUGUACGUGCAGACAUUGUCUCAACUAGCUCCAUGGUUCUUUGCGCUAGACCAUAUCCACUAUGCCCGUUGGAUCCCUGUACACAUUAAGGACAUGGCAAGACUUGCCAAGCAGUGCCCAGAUGUACAUGAACACUUCAUGCGUGGUGCAUUCACAUCAAACAAAACUGGGAAUCUAUACUCUGCAAUUGGUUUGGAUCACGCGCAUGAGCAGGUGAAUGCUCAAGUCAAGGGUAACGGAGGAGCCAUCGGUCUGACAGAAGAUCCAGGUGCCCUACGACGAUGGAUGGUGGCAGGGCCGCAUCUAGCCAUGGUCAUUGAAGAGUAUGAGAGCAGUGCUGACAAGUCACCUGUGGAUACUAAUCCAAAGCAUCAUGAACAGAGUCCAUCGGCGCAAAAAUCCUUUGCUGAUGAUGUGCGAUCCCUUGUUGCUGUAAUGGAUGAGUUGGGGAAUCCAUUCAUGGAUCGUUCAAAGGAAUUGGUAACAAUAGAUUCACAAGAAGUCAUGCCGCAGAAAGUUGUGGAGGGUAUGGAGCAAGUUCACACCCUGGGAGAGAAGAAGUAUGAAACCUUCAUCGAGGAACGCCUCUUGAAAAACGAAACACCCAUCAGUGCACCCAUCAAACGAAAUUCACUUCCACUUUUCCGCAAUCGAAAGCAUGUGGGUCCAUCCAAGGAAAAGCAGACAAUAAUAGAUCUGAAGAGCGACUGCGCAUUGUUCUCACGACUAUACAUUGCCAGUCAGACAAGAGGAGGUGACAUCAAAGAAUUCUUCAAGCAUGAAAACCAAAAAUAUCCCCCAUCACUUUCUUCGUCUGGAACACUUAAACAAGGAACCAAAUCAGAAUUGGUUAGAUUGCUAGAGACUCUCCUCAAUACUCCGUCAGCUGUCACAAACACUCCAUCUACAGAUGUGACAAUCCUUGAUGGUGCGGCGCUUGUGCAUCUGAUUCCAGUUAAGGAAUCAAAAACCUUUGCUGAAUAUGCACAGGAAGUAUUCAUCCCGCACAUCUUGUUUGAACUUGGAAAGGUCAAGCGGGUUGAUCUUGUUUGGGACGUGUAUCUCAAGAACAGUUUAAAGCUUUCAACAAGAGCAAACAGAGGUACAGGCACAAGGAAGAGGGUGUCUGGUAAUGUGAAGCUUCCAGGGAACUGGAAAAACUUCUUGCGGAAUGAUAACAAUAAGGAUGAACUCUUCCAAUUCCUAGGACAACAAUGUGUUUCCAAGGACACAGGUGACAAGGUCAUCAUUUCCACCCUACUGGACUCUGUUGUCACCUCUAGAGAGGAUUACACCACAGAUGGACUUCAACCAUGCUCGCAUGAAGAAGCAGAUACGCGUAUCCUUCUUCAUGUCAAAGAUGCUAUGAACUGCGGGUUCAAGAGAGCAAUGAUACGAACUGUUGAUACUGAUGUUGUUGUGCUCGCUCUUGCCCAUUUCCAGGACUUGCCAGACAUCGAGCAACUCUGGAUAGCUUUUGGAACUGGCAAGGAUUUCAGGUACAUUCCAAUCCAUGAGAUUGCCCAUGCAAUAUCCCCAGAGAUGGCCAAAGGAUUGCUUUUCUUUCACGCAUUCACUGGAUGUGAUGUAACAUCCUACUUCGCCAACCACGGGAAGAAAUCUGCAUGGAAAACUUUGCUUGCAUGGCCAGAUAUCACCAACACGUUUGUUGCACUGUCACGGCCGUGUACAGCACAACUACCAGAUGAAGUUGUUCUAGAACUUGAACGAUUCGUUGUCCUGAUGUACUGCCGGACCAGUGAUGAGACUCGUGUCAAUGAAGCCAGAAUGGAACUUUUCGCAAAAAUGAAAAGAAACAUCGAGAACAUCCCUCCAACAAGAGCUGUCUUAGAACAACACAUCAAGCGAUCAGCUUACCAGUCAGGCCAUGUGUGGGGACAAUCACUUGAAAUACAACCUCAAAUUCCUGAUGUCACUGAAUGGGGGUGGGAAUCGACCGAAUCAGAUGGUUUUGUUCCUAAGUGGUCCACCUUGCCCAUCGCCGAAGCAGCUUGUCUUGAAUUAAUUUCCUGUAACUGCAUCAAAUCUUGCAAGGGAAACUGCAAGUACUUCAAGACAAAGCUGGAAUGUACUGCACUUUGCAAAUGUGGAGGGGUAUGUUAUAAGUAGGAGAUCAGAAUAGAUAAAUGUGGACAGGACAUCCUUAUCCCUUAUUUUUCAUCUAUACCACAAAAAUCUCGACAAACAUCUCAUCAACAGUGCAGUUAAUUGUUCGCUGAUUAUUGGAUCCUCUGCAAGACACUCCAAGGUUAGCCAACAUCCUUACCUGGGAAUCCAACUGUCUAACACUCUUAUUUUGGGUAUGUCAAUGCCUAAUGGUUGCACUAGCGUGGACUACAUGGUGGCCAUCUGAGAAUCCUCUGAUUUUGACACAACCAACAUUUUUCAAAUCACCAAAAUGGAUAUAUAAGUUUGAACUGUGUGCUUGUCUUCGUGCAAAUAUAGGUAUUAACAGGUUUGCAAAAAGACUAUAUUGUGGCUAUAUGGUGAAAUGAGCUCAUUUGAAAUAUGUUCAAAGGUAUCAUGAUCAUUGGCAUAUCGUAUAUUGUCACAUAUAUUGUGUAAUAGCAAGGCGGCCAUCUUGAAAUCAAAUACCGCAGAUGCAAGUUCUGACAUUGGCAAUGUUUUUUUAGACAUCGAAAACACUUGAACUCCUAAAUAUGGACAGAGGGUAUGUUGAUUUCUGCAGCCAUAUUUGAAUUCAAAAUGGCGGCCCCAGAGGGUGUUAUUUCUUAAUUUCAAUUUUGCAGACUUCUGAUAUAGAUUAUGAUAAUAAGUAAUAACUUUCUGGACAAAAAAACACAGGAAUAGUCGUUUAGAUUUAACUCCAAGGUGA